CAAAUAUUUUCUCCUUUCGAAUUGAAGACAGAAAAGCAAUUGUCAUGUAUACUAUCAGUUGAUAUCAAAGUGACAGAUGCAUCGACGGCCCGUAUGUCAUAUUCUACCGACCAAAGGCGAUCAUGCUGCAACACUCGUAGUAGUUCUCCCCAUCAUCUCAAUCGCAAUCAGUGA